AUGUUUUACUAUCCAAAUGUCCUCCAGCGACAUAGUGGCUGCUUCUCCACAAUCUGGUUAGCAGCUACCAGGGGAGUUAAAAUCACCCGCAGAGAGCUGCUCAAAGUUAAUGUUGGAAAAACAUGCCUGGACAUUUUGGACUAUGUGACAGCUCAGGUUGCUCCACCGCACCCGAACCUACCGAGGCCUCGAUUCUCUCUCUACCUGUCCUCCCAGCUGCAGUACGGUGUGGUUGUAGUGUACCACAGGCAGUGUGGCUUUCUGCUAGAUGAGAUUCAACAGGCCAUUGACCGCCUCCUGCGCUCCAAAAGACACAUACCUAUUGACCUGACUGAGUCCGACAGGAUGGCCUUGGAUAUGCCUGACAGACUGUACAUGAUGGAGGAGGCUGAGGGAGCUCAGGACCCUUUCUUUGGUCUCAUGGAAUCACACCAACUUCCCAGUCCCUAUAAAAUACAGCAGCCACUGGUGGUGAUCGAAGAUGUGGAUUCCCAGCAUUCCCUGGUGCCCAGUCCUUACACUGUACCUGACACAGAGGAUUUCAGGUCACCUAGAGCUACCAUCACCCUGACGGAGAAGGAGCAGUUUGUCAUCACCAAUGCUGAGUGUUUUGAGGGAGAUGAUCUUCCAGAGGUCACGACAAGAGAGAUUGACUUGCUGAUAGAUCAAAAAGAACACUUCCUUCAAGAAGCGGAGGCGAUGCAGACAGAUGAGCAGGAGAAAAGCAGGGAGAUUGGAGGAGCCAUGUCAUCCAUCGACCAGCUGAAGGAGACGGUGCUGGGGACAGACAGGGACAGUGUGUGGCUCCUGGAUGAGGAGACUAGUCAACCUGUGGAGGUUCCUCUUAUGGCUCUUACCCAAGAGAUGACCCCAGUGAAGGUUGCCAUGCCAACUCCAUCCUCAGGGGCAUCUGGGAAAGAGAGAGAGUCAUCAAUAGAGGGUUUCUGUGCAGAGGAGGUUCCUCAUCCUCCCAGGAAGCCCGGUAGAGGUCGCAGGCGCCAGCUGGUCUUUGCAGACCCUGAGAUCCAGAUUUCUGACAGAGCAAUGAAGGAGCAGAUUGGAAACCCACUGGUUGAGACACUGGACCUGUCCAAGGUCUUGCUGGACUUGCCCUCCUUCAAACUGGCCAAUCCUGCUCAGCUCUUCAGUGCCCCCUGUGGACCCCUCCUCCACUGUGACCUUCAGUCACUGUGGAAACAUUGCGCCGCUCUUGCUGUUGUACCCGGACAAGAGAAAAAACGCAGAGAGGAAGAGGAGGAGGAAGAGUCUGAGCAGGAAAGAGAGAUACUGAGAACAGAGCGGAAGAGGAGGCACUCGACCAUGAAGGAGAUACCCAGUGAUUCAGGACCCGCAGAGGGCUCAUCUGCAUUAGACGUGAUCCUGGAUGUGUCCAGAGAGGACAAAUCUGGAAGUGAUGUGAUGACUCCUGUCAGCAGAUGGUCUCCACAGAUGGAGGUUCAGCCACCGAUGGAGCCCAUAGCAGAGGAAAACAUUGAGAUGCCUGAAGCUCAGACUGAUGCAGAGAACAGGGACUUGCUGAGUUGGAUCUCGUCCAGUCUGCAGAGGUCUGGAGAAGUCACCUUUGACUCUCUGCUGCCCCCGGAGGCUGAUAGGAGCACUGCAGCUCACACACUCCACCAGCUGUUAGAGCUGUUGUCUGCUGGACGUGUCACUGCACAUCAGACUGAACCCUACAACACCAUCACCUUAAACCCUGCAGUGCUCAGGACGUCCGCCUGAACACACCAUGACCCACACCAACAUCAAGGAAAGUUACAUUUAUCAUUUAUCUUUGUUAAAUUCUGUCAUUUUCUACUGAUGUCCUAUCGGGGUUGCUUUUAUGCAGUGUUUUAAUGAAUGUUUGGACUGUUUGUUCAGACUUCUUUGAUUGGAUUUUAAACAUUUAUACCGUUAUUAUCAUCACUGGUGUUUAACGAGUUCACUUGCUCUCAUUGUUUUAACAUUUAGAUGUCAUGUUCAUGUAUGACUUUAAUAUCUGUGGUUUUUAUAUAUAACAUUUUUUACCUUUUAUGAACUGGUGUCCUUUAUGAAAAAAAUAAAAUGUU